AUGUUGCUGCUGCUGAAUCCGAAAGACGGAAAGGAUGUUUUUGGCUGCUACAAUACAUUAUGGGAUGUGACUGUUAAUAACGAGCUGGGCAUAUCGGCUCGAAUAUUAAAUUUUGGUUUUUGGAUUGACUCUUUACAGACCAAAUAUCAAGGAAUCGAUUUCAGUAGCAUAGAGAACAGAAAUUGUAAUGCAGGCAAAAAUCCAUAUUUUGACAAUAAUGUCGAUGGCAUAACCCUAGAUCCUUAUGAAGUCGUAUUCGUCAAAUACAAUUAUAAAAAUUAUCGUCAGGCUGCAGACAGAGCUGCUGUUUACCAAAAUUGGACACUCAGACUUGCAUCAGCCCCAAAACAAGUUAGCUCUUCUGGAUAA